AUGCAUGGGGUAUCUCGCAAUUUUAAGACCAUUGUUAUUAAUUCAGAUCCCUACGUGAAAAUCUACCUCUAUCAUGGACGAAAAUUGUUGAGCAAGAAGAAGACGUCUCGCAAGUAUCGCACUCUGAAUCCGUACUACAAUGAGAGCUUUCAGUUCAAAAUAGAGCCAAUGAUGAUGGAGGUUACCCAUGCCUGUCACGAGCAGUGGGCAGAAAUGAUGACGUCACGACGACCGGUCGUUCAAUGGCAUACGCUGCAAGAGCGGAUGGAAAAGGAAAAAGAGACUAGUAAGUCGAAAGAUUAG